GAAAUCGUUAAACCUCGACGAGCCAACGAGCGAAACUUUCAUUUCACCCACAACAAGUCGAGCUCGCCAAUUAUCCCCGGCUUAGGUUGAUCAGCCAGGAGAUAUUCGUGGGUUUGUGAAAAAUAACUACAGACUCUUUUUAUCCACUGACUCGGACACCAGCGCAAAUAACGCCCCGUACGACUCUUUGAUACUUGAUAGUUUUACCGAGGCCGUCAAAAUGGGUCCCAAGAAGAAGGGAAACAAGAAGGGCAAUGACGACUGGGAAGCAGAGUUGGGCGAGACUGUCGACCCGAUAGCUCAGGCCACUGCUGAGGCUAAGGAAGCCGAGGCCCAAAAAGAUGCAGAGGAAGAUGAUGCCGCGGGAGGCGGUCUUUUGGCAGCCUUGAAGAAGAACCGAGGAAAGAAGCAAAAGAAAGGAAAGGUUAUCGAGGAUUUCGUUGAAGGCGAGGACAUCUCUGCCGUGGACAACGAGGAUGAGCCCCCUUCUCUCGGAGACUUCUCCACAAAGGCACCUGAGGAGGGUGGUUUUGACGAAGACGAAGAGUUCCCAGCGAAGAAAGGAAAAGGUGGUAAGGGUGGUAAGCAGGCGAAAGAGGCCGAACCUGAGGACGAAGGGGCUGGACGGAUGAAGUCCAAGAAGGAGAAGGAGAAGGAGAAGAAGGAGAAGGAAAAGCAACGUAAGAAGGAACAGGCUUCCAAGAAGAAGACUCCUGCUCCUCCGCCACCACCCAAGGCUGAGGCCGGAAAACCUGAACCCGAUACCAAAGCUGAGACUGCUGCGCCAGCGUCGGCGGCCGCCGCUGGUGGGAAGAAGAAGAAGCUCAACCCAGCCUUGGCGGCGUUGCAACGACAGCAAGAAGCAUUGCGUAAGGCACAGGAGGACCAAGAAAGACUAGAAGCUGAAGAGAAGGCUCGCCUCGAGGAAGAGGAACGGCUGCUCGCCGAGGAGGAGCAAAAGAGAGAGGAAGCUCGUGCCUUGAAGAAGCAAAAAGAGAAAGAGAAGAAGGAGCAGCUCCGCAAAGAGGGUAAAUUAUUGUCCAAGGCUCAAAAGGAAGCUCAGGCACGCAAUGAGCUACGCAUUCAGCAAAUGCUGGCCGCCGGACAGAAGGUUGCUGGUCUGUCCGAGAGCGGCGAGAAAAAGAGACCGGUGUACGACGGCCGGAAAAAGAAGGGUCCCAAAAAGGCUGACGAAGGUUCCAACGAGGCUGCUGAAGCUGCCCGAAAGGCAGAGGAAGAGAAGAAGAAGAAGGCCGAGGAGGAAGAGCGUGCCAAAGCAGCCGCUCAGGCCGAAGCAGAGGCAAAGGCCAAGGCUGAGACCGCCGAGGAGACUGAUGGCCUCGAUGAUUGGGAAGCCAUGGCUGAUGAGCAAGAUGGCGUAAAAGACAGUUGGGAUGCACCUUCAGAGGAAGACGAGGAGGAAAAGAAGCAAGUCAAUGGCCAAGCGACUUCGACGCUUCCGAUCAGAGGAGAGAAGAAUGCGUCCGCAAAGGAGGUCGAAGAGUCCGAAUCGGAAUCCGAGUCCGAGUCUGAAUCCGAUGAGGGCGCUACGGCUGUGGAGCGUGCUGCAGCGCAACGGAAGCAUGAGGCUGCUGAGCGCAGAAAGGUGAAGCACGAAGAAGCCCUCGCCGCUCGAUCAAAGGAUAAUCUCCGAUCACCCAUUUGCUGUAUCUUGGGUCACGUCGACACAGGAAAGACUAAGCUUCUUGACAAGAUUCGUCAGACAAACGUCCAAGAAGGCGAAGCAGGUGGUAUUACGCAGCAGAUUGGUGCUACUUACUUCCCUGUCGAUGCUCUGAAGCAGAAGACCCAGGUGGUCAAUCAGGAUGGCAGUUUCGAGUUCAAGGUCCCUGGUCUUUUGAUCAUUGAUACUCCUGGCCACGAGUCUUUCACAAACCUUCGUUCUCGUGGAUCGUCACUUUGCAACAUUGCCAUCUUGGUCGUUGAUAUCAUGCACGGGCUUGAACCUCAGACUCUCGAAUCUAUGAGACUGCUGCGAGACAGAAAGACGCCUUUCAUUGUCGCAUUGAACAAGAUUGACCGUUUGUACGGAUGGAAGAAGAUUGACAACAACGGGUUCCGCGAGAGUUUGGUCUUGCAGAACAAGGGCGUUCAAAAUGAAUUCCGGGAUAGGUUGGAGAAGACCAAGCUUGCUUUUGCCGAACAGGGUUUUAACUCUGAACUCUUCUACGAAAACAAGUCAAUGUCCCGCUAUGUGUCCCUUGUUCCAACUUCCGCUCACACUGGUGAGGGUAUUCCCGACAUGAUCAAGCUUCUGGUGUCCCUCACUCAAGAGCGUAUGACGAGCAAGCUCAUGUACCUUUCGGAAGUCGAGUGUACAGUUCUCGAAGUCAAGGUCAUUGAGGGUCUCGGUACCACCAUUGACGUUGUUUUGUCGAAUGGUAUCUUGCGAGAGGGUGAUCGAGUAGUGUUGUGCGGUCUGAACGGACCUAUAGCAACGAAUAUUCGAGCACUGCUGACACCAGCGCCGCUCAAGGAGUUGCGUGUCAAGUCUGCCUAUGUGCACAACAAGGAAGUCAAGGCUUCAUUGGGUGUCAAGAUUUCUGCAAACGAUCUUGAGCAGGCCAUUGCUGGAUCCCGACUGCUUGUUGUUGGACCUGAUGAUGACGAGGAGGACCUCGAGGAAGACGUCAUGUCUGAUUUGGAGAACUUGCUCGGAAAGGUGUCCAAGACCGGUCGUGGUGUCAGUGUGCAGGCAUCCACCCUUGGCUCGCUUGAAGCUUUACUUGAGUUCUUGCGCGUCUCGAAGAUUCCAGUCGCCAACAUCUCCAUUGGCCCAGUCUACAAGCGUGAUGUCAUGCAGUGCGGUGCCAUGCUUGAAAAAGCAAAGGAGUAUGCAGUAAUGCUCUGCUUCGAUGUCCGUGUCGACAAGGAAGCUCAGGCCUACGCCGACGAGGCUGGCGUUAAAAUCUUCACCGCCGACAUCAUUUACCACCUCUUUGACGACUUCACCCAGCACAUGGCCCAGCUUGCUGAGCAGCGUAAGGAGGAGAGCAAGAUGAGCGCCGUCUUCCCUUGCGUCCUCUCCCCCGUCGCUGUCUUCAACAAGAAGGAUCCCAUCGUCAUUGGUGUUGACGUUAUUGAGGGAAGCUUGCGCCUCCUUACCCCCAUCUGCGCCGUCAAGACCAACCCUGUCACUGGCGUGCGUGAAGUCAUUAAUUUGGGCAGAGUGCAAUCCAUUGAGCGCGAACACAAGCAAAUCCCCAUUUGCAAAAAGGGCCAGCCCUCUGUCGCCGUCAAGAUUGAAAGCUCCAACCAGCCCGGUUACGGCCGCCAACUUGAAGAAAAGGACACGCUGUACUCGCUCAUCUCCAGAGAGUCUAUUGACACGCUCAAGGAAUUCUUCCGUAGCGACGUCACUACGGAUGAGUGGCUCUUGAUCAAGAAGAUGAAGCCCAUGUUUGACAUUCAGUAAAAAAAAUUUUUUGUUCUUUGUCUUUUUUUCUCUUCUUUUUAACCCUCUCUCUCUCUCUUCUCUUCACCCUUUUCUUUCUUCUCUUUUCUUUCUUUAAAAUAGUUUGUGUGUUAUGUGUAUGUGUAUGUACGUGUCUAUGCGUGUCACGCAUGUGUUUUUCACAAAAUCUAGACUGC